AUGACUUCCACCAAUUUGAAAAUCGGAGUAAUUUUACUUUUCCAGAUGAUCAUUGGAAUUCUGGGGAAUUUCUCACUCCUAUGUCACUAUAUAUUUCUUUACUUAAGUGGAUGCAGGUCAAGGUCCACGGAUUUCAUUCUCAGGCAUCUGACUGUAGCCAACAUUUUGGUCAUUCUCUCUAGGGGAAUCCCAGAGACCAUGGUGGCUUUUGGGUUAGAAAAUUUUCUCAGUGAUUUUGGAUGCAUACUUGUUUUUUAUGUUCACUGGGUGGGCAAGGGUGUGUCCUUUGGCAGCACUUGUCUUUUGAGUGUCUUCCAGGCCAUUAUAAUUAGCCCCAGGAACUCCAAGUGGUCAGAUUUUAAAGUAAAAGCUCCCAAGUAUGUAAGCAACUCCAAUAUUCUCUGCUGGAUCCUGCACCUGCUGGUAAACCUCAUUGCCUCUGUGCAUGUGACUGGCAAAUUGGAAAACACAAACAUCACAAUGAAAACAGAUUUUGGAUACUGUUCUACUUCAUUUCUGGAUGAAGUCUUAUAUUCACUCUCUGCCGCACUGCUAUCUAUCCCUGAUGUUUUGUGUUUAGGACUCAUGCUCUGGGCCAGUGGCUCCAUGGUUUUCAUCCUGCACAGGCACAAGCAGCGGGUCCAACACAUCCACAGCACCAAUGUCUCCUCCAGAUCCUCCCCUGAGACCAGAGCUGCCCACAGCAUCCUUGUCCUGGUGAGCACGUUUGUAUGUUUUUACACGCUCUCCUUCAGUAUCCGAGUGUGUUUAGCUUUUUUUUAUGAUUCCAACAGGUUGCUGAUUACUCUCUCUGCCUUAAUCAAUGCCUGUUUCCCAACUGUCUGCCCCUUUGUGCUCAUGAGCCGUGAAUGUAGUGUAUUCUGA